AUGUUGCAAAACGGGAACACAACCUUGGGAGAUCAUGCCACUGUGAGUAAGUCGUGCCGUACUGUACAAGCACCAGAAACGUAUAUCGCACCUUACACCAACCGAGAAAAAGGAACCAUAUCUUUACGAAGCCACAGUUCUGACAUUUCCAUUGACGACAAAAGCUAUCAAGAUGAGCAGCAAUUUGCAAGGAAUGCUGAUUUUGUGUACACAUUAUCGCGUAAGUACGCAUCUGAGAGUGGGCUCUUAUUUCCAGGAUGGACCGGGCUCAAUACGCAAGUUCACAAAGAAAUUCCUACUGUCACAAACAUUGGUUACUUGCCGGUGAUCGAUGCGCCAGUCACGGAUUUGGCAACAGUUAAUGCCUUACUCAAGCACAGAGUUUCUAUAUGCCAACGCCUUCAACUUCCAGAGAUCGUGCUGUAUUUGACGAAGCACUCUAUGCCAAAGCGCAGAUGCUAAGGUGGAAGAACGAAGAAUGUAAGAAUCGACUGGUGAUUAGACUGGGAGACUUCCACACCAUUAUGUCGUUCUGCAGUGCCAUAGCUAAAAUUUUCAAAGACGCGGAACUGGAAGUGGGUUUUUAAUACCUCAUUUGUCCGUCCGUUCUGUUGUUUAUUAGUUUGUAUGUUUGUGCGUUUGUGUGUUUGCUUGUAUGUUCACCUUCUAUGAAAUCAUCUACUAAGCUAAUCCAAAUAUUUGUUCGUUUAUUUAUUGAAUGACAAAUGCAAAUUGAUCGACGUACAAUUAACAGUGUGCAUUUUUCCAAAUUGAUAUUUUAGGAUAUCAUGAUCGAAUCAGAGAUAGUUGCCCCUGGAUCCGUUAAAGGUGUGUUAUCUGGGAAGCAUUAUAAUCGCUCUGUAAGAGUUCACAAGUUAAUUUAUGAAGCAAUGCAAAGGAUGCCAUUUGAGGCAUUUGAAAAGUCCUUAGCAAGUUCUGCGUCCAACCAGUUUGACUGGGUUGGUAUCAAUGUUCUGGAGGAUUCUGAGAGAGAAUCGUUUACUGAAAUCUGUACGAGCAAGCAGGUCAAUGAUGCAAAAAGGGCUUAUGAUACGUUCGUGGAAAAACGAAGCGAAGAGAAUCCUACGUUUGCCCUCUGGUCCAAAUAUAUCGACAUGGUUCAACUACUCCUACUCUACAUCAGAGCAACGAGAACAUCAAAUUGGGAACUAAACCUUAGUUCACUCCGGUCAAUGAUCCCCUGGUUUUUUGCAACGGAUCGAGUGAAUUACUCCAGAUACGCGCCCUGCUACUGGCUUGAAAUGUUGUGUUUAGAGAAAACUCACCCCUGUAAGUGACGAUCACUAUUCAUUUUGUGUUACUCGUAUACGUUAAAUUAUAUUAUUAGAUUUGCUUCUGAAUCUUGAAACUAAUUUUCUGUAUAGUAAUUAAAUGAGUUCUCUUUUUAUGUUUUUUCUAUAAUUCCUGUGGAGAUGUGGCAGCUAACAUUGGAGAUAACUGGACCGUACGACAGAACGAGCAUGCUUUUUCAAGCGUGGCGUGUGAUCAAACGAUCGAGAAGACCCUGAAUAGGUUAGUAGUCCUUUAUCGUUGCCUCGAAAAACAUUUAAUAUAGCGGUUUCGUGUUAAUAUAGCUUACAUCAAUACGAUUAUUGUAAUAACAUACAUUUUUUUCUUGUUUUGAACAGAGAUUCGAAAAUGAAAGGUGGUCUUGUGGGGAUAACGUUAAACAAGGGAGCAGUGCAUCGCUGGAUAAUGGGUCAAGCAGAAAGGAGUGCAAUCACUACACAAUGUGAAGCCAUGGCAAGUGUCACUGAUAUCAAACGGUCUGUAACGAAGAUACCACAUAAAAACACACAAUAAAACACGCAAAUGUAAACUGUCAUUGUGCAUAAUUCAUCAUCCACGUGCGUCAUAUUUUUAUUUAUUUUGUAUUGUUUUUGUUAUGCAUUUUUUGCAGAAAUAAAAUGAUAAAAAAUUCUUACCUAGGUCGAGAAAAGAUUUAGACAAGAAAAGGAUAGCAGCAGACCAGAAAGCAGCUACAAAUGUCAUUCAAACUGUACAGACUAUGAUAAACCCUUUUGACAAUGAAUACCAAGGGUUGGUGCACUUAGCAAGUGGAUUUGUCGCUACUGUGUCAGUAACCAGUGAUAUGAAAACCAUGCUCGAGAAAGGCGAAUGUGCUGCAGUUGAGUUUAUGGAGUCCAAUAUUGUAGGAGAAGAACCUGACAUUUACACCAAGAUAAAGAAGACGCAGUUACAGACAUUCUCUCUUAUUGGUAAGAAGGUCAAUAGCAAAAGUAAGAAAGGUGAGUUUGUCGCCCUGAAAAACUCAAAAGCGCUUUUUGCGAAAAUGCUUCUGAUAGCCAAGAGUCGCAAUUUGGAGAUGGAGGAAGUGUUGACGUAUUCUCUCCGGCCGUAUCCACACCCAUUGGCUACGAAUGAAGGUGACCUCGUAAAGACUGUUAAAGCUAAAUUGCUCAAAAUGAUUGAAGAUGAAAUACAAGAUGGUUCAGUUGACCUUCCUGUUGGAGACAAAGCAUAUAUUUUUUAUGCCAUGGCAAUAUUACAAACAUUCACAGUUCUCCCAGCAACAUUUGGAGAACUUGCAACGGAUUUUCUGGCUAAGAUCGUCAACACUGCUGUUUCUUUAAAUUUCAGUCGGGUUGAUUUCAUCUGCGAUAGAUAUCCAGAAAAAAGCAUCAAGAAUUUGGAGAGGGACAAGCGAGCUAUGGGUGGAACUAAUGUCCUUUGUUUAUACAGCGAGCAACAGCGAGUUCCUCGGCAGUGGAAGAAGUUUAUGGCAGUGGAAGAAAUUUAUCUUCAACACCUGGAGAAAUGCGGAUUCACAGGCUCUGAAAGGCGUCGAAGUGUUUCUCGCACACGAAGACAAAUGUCAUAA